AUGGCGUCCAGCAAUCCGAAUGCGCAUCAGGGCAGCCCGCCUUCGCAGCCGCCAGUGCCAAUCACGCCAGCGUCGCCGCCGAACCGACGCGAUCUCAGAACGUGGUGGAAGAGCUUCAAGCUGCCCACCAAGCACCAGGACUCGUCAGCCCAGGAGAACCGUGGCCCAGGCAUAUUUGGCGUUCCUCUCCGACAAAGUAUAACAUAUGCGAAUGUUGCCAUCUCUCUUGUAGACGAGAACGGGAAAAGCUACAUCUACGGCUAUGUGCCCAUCGUUGUGGCCAAAUGCGGUGUCUUCUUGAAGGAAAAGGCUACCAGCGUCGAAGGCAUCUUCCGUCUUAACGGCUCCGAGAAACGCAUAAAGGAACUUAAGACGAUAUUCGAUUCGCCUGAUCGGUAUGGCAAGGGGCUCAGCUGGGAGGGAUAUACUGUCCACGAUGCUGCGACGGUGCUUCGAAGAUAUCUCAACGACCUGCCCGAGCCUGUUGUGCCGCUCGACCUGUACGAAAAGUUCCGCGACCCCCUCCGAGGGGCUACAAAGCAGGCCGUUGGUGAUACAGACGGCCCCCAGUUCGUUGAGAACUUUGAUGAGGCGGCUGCCAUUGCCAAAUAUCAACAGGUAAUCACAGAGUUGCCCCCACUAAACAAGCAGUUGCUUCUUUACAUUCUGGACCUGCUGGCCGUCUUCGCCGCCAAGUCGGACGAGAAUCGCAUGACCUCCCAGAACUUGGCGGCCAUCUUCCAGCCCGGCAUGCUGUCCCACCCUGCGCACGCUAUGGCACCUGAAGAGUACCGGCUCAACCAAUGCGUAAUCAUCUUCCUCAUAGAGAACCAGGACCACUUCCUAAUCGGAAUGCAAGGAACAGAGGCAGAUGAGACAACCAUGCAGCAGGUGGCCGCCGGACCCUCCAACGUGCCGCGGACGCCUAACGCGGAGCACAGUUCGGGCUUGGGGAGAACAGCUUCUAAUGCCAGUGCUGGCGCUGAGAGCGUUCGGAGGGAGGGCAUGAUUCGACGAAACCGAUCCGUCUCCUCGAGACAUUCCAGGGUCGAGGGUGCUGCCACCCCCAAUAGCCCGGCCCUGGCGGCAACGCCCACUGGUGGUGGGCUAGCUAGAAGCAACACCGUGCCGUCCAAGAAGUCUCCGGCUCUGGUCGGGGGGAAAUUCAAGAAAGCCGAGAACCCUGGCCGCGCGCCGCACUCGCCGGCUCUAGAACCCUUGACUCCGGCUCACCCCCUGCCAGAGACCAAGUUGGAGACGCCCCAGAGGAGCUCGACGCCAAACGCAUCGCAUACGACUUUCGAAUCAAUGCACCUCUCCCCGGAUCGGUUGCUGUCACCUGGCAGGAGCCAGGAGAGACUCCUUGACGUCCCACACGAACACUCGACGCCCUCAAAGCACCACCACCACCAUCAUCAUCAGACCCUACCCAAGCUGGAACAAAUCUUUCAACGGUCGCCCAACCAUGACAGCAGCGAAAAAAGGCAGCCAAACAAGCUCAAGAAGAAGCGGAUACCGGGCAGCAUGAACAUUAGCGCGCAAAGCUCCGUUACGUCGCUUGGGCAUUCUGCCUCACCUGGUACAGAGGCCGGGAACCCUCUGGAACCAGCUCCUGUUUUUGCACAGCCCAUCGCACAGCCUCAGUUCCGUUCAACUACCAUGCCUCAAUCAGCACCUUAUGCAGCGCCCCAGCCAGCGCCUCAACCAGCGCCUUUUGCUUCGGCACCAUCUGUCGAGACUCAGAAGCAGCCGGAUCUGCAUCACCAGUACUCGACCCCUGCGAUUCAUCCGAACCACGGCGAGUUCCACAACCACUCCAUUUCUCACUAUCACGAGCACAACCUGCGAGCUGAGGAUGUCCCGCGGGGAAAGAGGUCUCCCCCCGCUUCGGUCGGUUCAUCUUUCAAUGACGGAUCGGACUUUGAACAGGUUGCUCAAGAGGCUCCCUUGCCAUCAAUCGUCGAGGCCGCCGAUAAGGAAAAGAAGAGCCGGUGGCGGCUGUCGAGACCGAAGAAGGAGGACUUUGCGAACGGACCGGCCAGCCCCAGGGCGUCACCGCCGCAGUCAAACAUUGGUUCGAACCACCAUGCAGAUAUUAGUACCACCUCGAUUGGAAGCGCCAUUGCUAAACCCCGGAAGAGUUUUACCGGCGAGAGCUCAGAGCAUCUGGGAAGCGGCAGUGAACGCCCAUACACGCAGGACAGCUCCAAGGAUGAUAAGGACGACGGCAAAGGCCCUAUCGGCUGGAUAAAGCACAAAUACCGAGAGGCCAAAGAAACUGCCGAACAGAAGCGUACCAAAUCUCCACCACCUUCCGACCAACACCUGCCAUUGAACCCGGGUGUACUGGCAUCGCGAGGCAAGAGCCUGGAUCUCAACCGGGAGGAGGAGAGCUUCUACCACGCAAAGCCAGCCCAGGGGGACCUGAAAGGCAAGGGAGUUGUCCGGCCAGAGUCGUACAAGGCAUUCACCCCGAAUGAUGCAGCUCAGAGAGAAGCUGCCCAAGGCAUGACGAUUCACAGAAUCAUCAGUGAUACGGAGAAGGCUCCGGCAGAACCUCUCGCUCAGAACGCUGGCCCGACAAACAAUGCCAGCAAAGACAUGUCUCGAGACGUGCCUCCAUCUGCAGCGGCACCCGCCGUGGAACCGCCGCUGCCCUCUGAUUUACAGACCAAGGAGCAGGAGGAGAAAUAA